AUGAACUUUUUGCAGAUCGAUCGUUUUUCGCAAGGGAUUCAUUCCGUAGGUCCUAUACGCCAACAAGGAAAGUUCCACGCUACCAGUGAUCGCUCACUUAGAGCGAUGAGUAAACCUCCAUCGAUCUUAGUCUACACCGGUGGCCAUGACGAGCUGUACUCAAGAAUAAGGAGCUCGUUAUCUCGCCUAGUAUCGCCGGAUCGUUACACGGUGUUUCAUCUUUCGGCAGAAGCGAUGAAAAAGCAACCAUGGAUAGAACCAACUACGGCCUGCUUAAUUGUAGCUGACACAAGCGAACUGGAUGAUCAUUCUUGGUCUAACAUGCAGCUAUAUUUUAACCAGGCUGGCAAAAUCAUAUUUGUUUGUCAAAAUCGCUUACUGGCGAGUUUAACUACAUGCGGAUCGACUAAAAAACAGGCCGAUGUGAUUAGGAUGGCAUUUGAUCUUCGGAUAGCACUAUCUAUCGGGGAAAGCAGAUUUCGAAAGUCAUUUUUCUUAAGAAAUUCUCUUAUAAACACACUGUCCCAAGCAAGGCCCCGUAGCCGAAUAUUGGGCGAUUCGCUUUCUCGUGUUGGUGUAAAUAUUACUGAAUGCACUCCUCCGUCACUUACUCCGGGGAUUAUGAUGGCCAUUGAAGAUGAUGUCAUCGAGAAUAUGAUGGGAGUGCGUUAUGGGGAGGAAGUUGGACAGAUACCUAAGCUGUUCCUCCGGAAGACAGAAAAAGUGGCUGAGCAAGGCAUGCCUGACGUUAGCGAAACUCUUCUUCCCAUCGAAGUCUUGUCUAGAAACACUGAUCGGGCUGAUGUUGCCUUUUGUGACGCUAUUCCCACUUGUGAUGGUGCGGUGGUCGUUGCUGGUCGUCAGACUCAAGGAAAAGGUCGAGGUGGAAAUGAGUUCGUGUCUCCAGUUGGAGCGGCCAUGUUCACCGUCUCCACUUACCUUCCUCAGUCCUCAUCUCUUGCUAAAACUCCUUCAUUUGUGCAACAUAUCUUCGCAGUCGCUUUAGUUGAUGCUGUCCGACGGUUGAGUGGAUUAGAUACGUUUUAUAGGAUUUUCCCUCUGCGAAUCAAAUGGCCAAAUGAUUUCUACUUCAAUAGAUCACAUAAAGUUGGAGGACUACUAGCUGCCGCAAGAUUCCGAGAUGAUGGGUUACUAAUAUCUAUUGGUGCUGGUAUCAAUGUGAGUAAUUCACAGCCCACGGUUUGCCUUAAUGACAUGGUUCCGGAAGGAAGCUCCAUGAGAUUCGCUAUUGAAGAUGUGAUCGCCGAAACGCUGAAUAGAUUCGAAUAUUGGAUGAACAUGCACGAAAUCAAAGGCCAGGCUGAAGUACUGAAAGUUUAUUACGAAUUCUGGCUCCAC